CUGUCAUUAGUUAGAUGGAGAGUAAUUGACACCAUUCUCAGCAGAAGUCUUACCUUUCUCCGUCUUUCCCGUUUCAUAGUGACGGUGGUUUGAGGUGGGAGUAGUAGCAGGAACGGGAACAGGAACAGGAACAAGAGUGGUAUUUGAAUGGAAUGAGGAGGUUGUCCUAUGAGAACUUUCCUUAAGAUAUUUUGUCCCGAGUGUUCUUUUUGGCUUUAUGCUAGAAAGUUAAGGAAAAAGUAAUAUCACAGGAAUAACAUCCUCAGGUUUUCUGGACUCGUUUGCUGCUAAAUAUAGAUAGAUACCAGCUACCAUCUUGGGAAUCAAACUCAGUGUGAUUGAUACUGGCUUCGCAAAAGGCAACCGCAACCAUGACUAGAGUUGAGAUUAUGGUGUUGAUGGUUCUCUUUGAAGGGUUAUUUUCAGCUGGAGCUCUAUCAGAUAAUUCCACAAUACCUGCUUUGGUAAACAUUGGAGUUCUCUAUUCUUUCAAUACCAGUGUUGGUAAAAUGGUGAAAACUGCUGUAGAAGCGGCGGUUGAAGAUGUAAAUUCUGACCCAUCUAUUCUUCCUCAAACUAAGUUGAAGCUCUCAAUGCAAGAAGAUACCAAAUACAGAGGAUUUUUGAGCAUUGCUGAGGCCUUACAGCUCAUGGCGACACAAACUGUGGCUAUAAUUGGUCCCCAGACCUCUACAACGGCUCAUGUCAUAUCUCAUAUAGCAAAUGAGCUCCAAGUUCCUCUGCUAUCAUUUACAGCCACUGACCCUACCCUUUCUUCUCUUCAAUUCCCAUUCUUUAUUAGAACUGCUUUUAGUGACGUCUAUGAGAUGACUGCAAUAGCAGACCUUGUUAACUACUUUCAAUGGAGAGAGGUAAUUGCAGUUUAUGGUGACGAUGACCAUGGGAGGAAUGGAAUGGGUGCAUUAGGGGAUAAGCUUGCCGAGAGGCGUUGCAAGAUUUCAUUUAAAGCACCUAUGACUCCUGAGGCAACUAGAGAGGAGAUUACUGAUGUACUUGUUCAGGUGGCCCUGGCAGAAUCCCGGGUUAUAGUUCUUCACACAAGUACUGCUUGGGGUCCAAAAGUCUUAAGUGUGGCAAAGUCUCUGGGGAUGAUGGAAAAUGGUUAUGUCUGGAUAACAACUACUUUUCUGUCUACUUGGCUGGAUAUACAUAGUCCCCUAUCUCCAGAUGCAACAAAUGACAUGCAAGGGGUCAUUGCACUACGUAUGUAUGUACCAGAUUCAAAGCUCAAAAGAUGGUUUAUUUCUAGGUGGACAAACAUGACUACUUCUGGAAAGAAUGGUAAUGGUACCCUUGGUUUGAGUACUUAUGGUAUCUUUGCAUAUGAUACUGUUUUUGCUCUUGCUCAUGCACUUGAUGCAUUUUUCAAACGAGGGAAUCAAAUUACAUUUUCACAUGAUCCAAAGUUAUCUCAAAUACGUGGAGACAACAUGCAUCUUGAUGCUGUGAAGAUCUUUAACGAAGGAAAUCUGCUGCGUAAACAUAUUUAUGAGGUUAAUAUGACUGGAGUAUCAGGCCUAUUCAAGUAUGAUUCUGAUGGAAACCUUGUUAAUCCAGCUUAUGAAAUCAUCAAUGUGAUUGGAACAGGAACACGGAGGAUUGGUUAUUGGUCUAAUUACACUGGAUUAUCCAUUGUUCCUCCAGAAACACUUUAUUCAAAGCCACCUAAUCGAUCCAGUGCAAGCCAAAAUUUACUCCCUGUGUUUUGGCCAGGAGAAACAACCCAAAAGCCCCGUGGUUGGGUUUUUCCAAACAAUGGAAGGAUGUUAAAAAUUGGAGUGCCAAAGAGGGUUAGUUACCGGGAUUUUGUCUCUCAAGUACAAGGCACUGACAUGUUCAAGGGAUUCUGCAUUGAUGUAUUUCUUUCUGCAGUGAACUUGUUGCCCUAUGCUGUCCCCUAUAAAUUUGUUCCAUAUGGGGAUGGUGACAGCAAUCCUAGUAACACUGAACUUGUCCGUCUUAUCACAGCGGACGUUUUUGAUGCUGCAGUAGGUGACAUUACAAUUACAACAGAAAGAACAAAGAUGGUGGAUUUUACUCAGCCAUAUAUUGAGUCUGGUCUGGUGGUAGUAGCAUCGGUUAAGAAGACGGAUUCCAAUGCUUGGGCCUUUUUUAAACCAUUUACGCCAAUGAUGUGGGCUGUCACAGCUAUCUUUUUUCUAUUAGUGGGAGCUGUUGUUUGGAUUUUAGAGCAUAGACUGAAUGAUGAUUUUAGGGGAACUCCCAAACAACAAAUGGUCACAAUUUUGUGGUUUAGUUUUUCGACCAUGUUCUUCGCUCACAGGGAAAAUACAGUGAGCAGUCUUGGUCGCUUUGUGCUGCUUAUAUGGUUAUUUGUAGUUCUAAUAAUUAACUCAAGUUACACAGCUAGCCUGACAUCAAUCCUCACAGUGCAACAACUUUCUUCACCUGUUAAAGGCAUUGACAGUUUAAUAAAUAGCAAAGAGCCUAUUGGCUACUUGCAGGGUUCAUUUACUCGAACUUAUUUGAUUGAAGAAAUUGGUAUUGAUGAAUCCAGACUGGUUCCUCUAAAAACACCGGAAGAAACUGCAACAGCACUGAAAAAUGGUCCCCAGAAGGGUGGUGUUGCUGCAUAUGUUGAUGAGCGUGCUUACAUAGAACUUUUCCUUUCAAGCCGUUGCGACUUUAGCAUUGUAGGUCAAGAGUUCACCCGAAAUGGUUGGGGAUUUGCCUUUCCACGGGACUCACCGUUGGCAGUUGAUCUUUCAACUGCCAUAUUGGAGUUGGCAGAGAACGGAGACUUACAAAGGAUCCAUGACAAAUGGCUUUUGAGCAGUGCCUGCUUAUCACAAGGUGCAAAGCUUGAAGUGGACAGACUCAAGCUGAGAAGCUUCUGGGGCCUCUAUCUGGUGUGUGGGUUGGCAUGUGUGAUUGCUCUUCUCAUAUAUCUUAUUCAGACCAUGAGACAGUACUCUAAGCACGGUCCAGAGGAACUUGAGUCUUCUGGCAAUGGCUCAGGAUCUUCACGUCUGCGCACAUUCCUUUCCUUUGUAGAUGAAAAGGAAGAGAUUGUUAAGAGCCGUGUGAAGAGAAAGAAAAUAGAGGGUAUGUCCUACAGGAGCACAAGAGAAGUAGGAUCAUCCAUCACCUCCAACAAAGGAUUUUCUCAGGCAUCAUCAAACAGAAUUGAUUCAGCUACUGAAAUCUAACUGUUGCAUACUUGUUUGCUCCUCAUAAUUUUGUAGCUUCUUGUACUAACGCCUUGUGCAUCACUCUCCAUCCCCCGUUGCAACUGCUGGCUUCCUACAUUUUUGUGGUUUUCUUUUUUAGUACAUAUAAGUGUAAGAUAUAUCAUUUUGUGUGGGACUGUAAUCUAAGCGUGGGGACAAGUUGGCUUUGCAAUUAUUGUUUGUACUGAUAGUUGUGUAGGAUACAUAAUAAUUAAUGAAAUCAUUUCAUUUUUAUUUAUAGUA